AGUUUUAAAACCGAUCAAAGCCGUACGGAGUUUCCAGGAGGGUAGUCGCGUUACGCUCGGUACUUUCUUAGACAGACUGAGUCCUUUCAAGUAAUACAUAUAUAUAUAUACAUACGGCUAUAUAUGUAUGUAUAGUUCGGCUCGCGCAACGGCAAACGUAUAAAAAAUGAUGGAACAUCGUGUAAUUUGACAGUGAAGAAACAUUUUAAUGGGAAAAGUGCCUCGGUGUCCUGUGAUAUCCGGAUUCUGGCCAGCGGACCGACAUUGGUAAUCAGCGAACGGAAGGAAGGCUCGAAGCUUGGAACGGGAAAGGGUGAGACAGGGUGACUCGGCGGCGGCGGCGGCGGCGGCGGUGGGUGAGGCUGAAGUGAUGACGGGCGAGGAAGGAAAGUGUGGGGGUGGUGUCGGGGCGGGGAACACGAACACGAACCUGACCGACAAUGCGAACAAUCUUAACGCGAAUGUUCACCCGAAUGUGAACGCCAACAUAAAUGUCAGCCAACAGAACGGAGGACCUGAAAAGGCGCCUGUCGUCGGCGGUACCAACGUGGAGACGUUACCCCGAGCUGGCAAACAAAGCGAUCCCAGUACGGCUUUCCUGCGUGCAGCUCGUGCGGGGCAGCUGGAAAAGGUUUUGGAAUACUUGGAGUCCGGAGUGGACAUUAAUGCUUCAAACGCUAACGGCUUGAACGCUUUACACUUGGCAGCUAAAGAUGGACAUUUGGAGAUCGUCCGAGAACUUCUUAACCGUGGCGCGGUGGUUGAUGCCGCUACCAAAAAGGGGAAUACGGCAUUACAUAUCGCUUCUCUUGCUGGACAGGAGGAGGUGGUACAAUUGCUUGUACAACGAGGUGCUUCUGUGAAUGCACAGUCACAAAAUGGGUUUACGCCACUCUAUAUGGCCGCACAGGAAAAUCAUGACUCUGUGGUCAAGUUCCUUCUGAGCAAAGGUGCCAAUCAAACAUUGGCUACUGAGGAUGGCUUCACCCCGCUGGCAGUAGCGAUGCAACAGGGUCACGAUAAAGUAGUAGCUGUACUAUUGGAAAAUGACACUCGUGGUAAAGUUCGACUGCCCGCCCUCCACAUUGCUGCCAAGAAAGACGAUUGCAAGGCGGCUGCCCUACUUUUACAAAACGAUCACAAUCCCGACGUAGUAUCGAAGAGCGGUUUCACGCCGCUCCAUAUAGCUGCACAUUACGGCAACGAUCGAAUUGCUUCCUUGCUUUACGAAAGAGGGGCCGAUGUGAACUUUACGGCAAAGCACAAUAUAACGCCGAUGCACGUGGCGGCGAAAUGGGGAAAGAUAAAAAUGGUGAACCUUCUAAUGAGCAAGGGGGCGAACAUCGAAGCGAAAACUCGAGACGGUCUUACCCCUCUUCAUUGCGCGGCGCGAUCCGGCCAUCACGAGGUCGUUGAUAUACUGAUCGACAAAGGAGCGCCGAUAGGUUCCAAAACGAAGAAUGGUCUUGCGCCGUUGCACAUGGCUGCUCAAGGAGAUCACGUUGAUGCUGCAAGGAUAUUAUUGUAUCAUCGGGCGCCGGUGGACGAAGUGACGGUAGAUUACUUGACGGCUCUACACGUGGCAGCUCAUUGUGGCCACGUACGGGUGGCUAAGCUUCUACUCGACAGAAACGCCGAUCCGAACGCGCGAGCUCUAAACGGUUUCACUCCGCUUCAUAUUGCUUGCAAGAAGAACCGAUUGAAGGUCGUUGAGCUCCUUCUAAAGCACAAAGCUAGCAUCGAGGCGACCACAGAGUCCGGAUUGACGCCUCUACAUGUAGCAAGCUUCAUGGGGUGCAUGAACAUAGUGAUUUAUUUACUGCAACACGCGGCUAGUCCCGAUAUACCGACAGUAAGAGGCGAAACGCCUUUGCAUUUAGCUGCCAGAGCGAAUCAAACUGAUAUUAUCAGGAUACUCCUUAGAAAUGGUGCCCAAGUUGAUGCCAGAGCAAGGGAAGAACAAACGCCACUUCAUGUUGCUUCCCGAUUAGGCAACGUUGAUAUCGUAAUGUUGUUACUUCAACACGGUGCCGAUAUAGACGCUACGACGAAAGAUUUAUACACACCGCUUCAUAUUGCUGCUAAAGAGGGUCAAGAAGAGGUUGCAUCCGUUUUGUUAGAAAACGGCGCAUCGCUUACCGCGACGACCAAGAAAGGAUUCACUCCCUUACAUUUGGCAGCUAAAUACGGUAACAUGAACGUAGCAAGAUUGUUGUUGCAGAAAAAUGCCCCUGUCGACGCCCAAGGAAAGAAUGGAGUAACUCCGCUUCACGUGGCAUCUCACUAUGAUCAUCAAAAUGUUGCGUUGCUGCUACUCGAUAAGGGCGCGUCGCCGCAUGCUAUGGCUAAAAAUGGUCACACACCAUUACACAUUGCCGCACGCAAGAAUCAGAUGGAUAUCGCAACCACUUUAUUGGAAUAUGGCGCGAAAGCAAACGCAGAAUCAAAGGCUGGAUUUACGCCGCUACAUUUGAGUGCACAAGAAGGCCACACCGAUAUGUCAACGCUUUUAAUCGAGCACAAAGCAGAUACAAAUCAUAAAGCAAAGAAUGGUCUCACGCCGCUUCAUUUGUGCGCACAAGAAGACAAAGUUAAUGUCGCUUCUAUUCUCGUUAAAAAUGGUGCUCAGAUCGAUGCUAAAACAAAGGCUGGUUAUACUCCGUUACAUGUGGCAGCUCAUUUUGGUCAGGCAGCUAUGGUACGAUUCCUCUUACGAUCCGGCGCAGCGGUUGACAGUAGCACGAAUGCUGGAUACACUCCACUGCAUCAAGCUGCUCAACAAGGCCACACUUUAGUAAUCAAUUUAUUACUUGAGGGCAAAGCGAAACCGAACACCACUACUAAUAAUGGCCAGACUGCGUUGGAUAUUGCACAAAAGCUCGGUUACAUUAGCGUUAUCGAAACUUUGAAAGUUGUUACAGAAACUGUAAUUACAACAACUCAUACGGUGACCAUAGAAGAGAAAUACAGAGUACAAGCUCCGGAAUCGAUGCAAGAGACAUUCAUGAGUGAUAGCGAAGACGAAGGUGGUGGUGAUGAAAUCGGCAUGGCAGCCAUGAAUGUGUACGGGCAGCCUCCACACGCGCAACACGUGUACCUUCCUUCUUACUACCAGGGCCAAAUGACCUAUACCCGUGAAGAUCCGAUGCUCAGCGACCAACAGCAAUACCGAUACAUGACUGUUGACGACAUGAAGUCCAUGGGGGAUGACUCGAUGCGUGUCAACGUGACAGACGACGAGAGGGACAAUCGACAUUCCGGAGCACCGACCAUAACCGAGAUGAUUACAAAAGAACAUUAUCAACGUACAAACGCUGCCAAUCUCAAACCAGAUAAUGUUGAUAUUAAUAGGCACCCAGUACAUGUCGGACCGUCCCUAGAGUCCUUAAACACAUCGCUGGCAGCUCUUGGUACCAUGUCGAAAGGACAAGGAAUGUGGAGGGACAGCUUCCUGGUUUCCUUCCUGGUGGAUGCACGAGGGGGUGCGAUGCGUGGGUGCAGGCACAGCGGCGUACGUGUGAUCGUUCCUCCCAGGAAAGCCGCGAUGCCAAUGCGAGUUACCUGCAGGUAUUUGAGGAGGGACAAACUAACGAACCCGCCACCCUUGAUGGAGGGAGAAGCCCUGGCCAGCCGUAUUCUGGAGCUCGGUCCCGUGGGUGCCAAGUUCUUAGGCCCCGUCAUCAUAGAAGUACCACACUUCGCUUCGUUGCGAGGGAAGGAACGCGAAAUAGUAAUACUGCGAUCGGAUAAUGGAGAAACUUGGCGCGAGCACACCUUGGAGGCCAGCGAGGAGGCUGUCCAGGAUGUGCUUAAUGAGAGCUUUGAAGGAGAAGAAUUAAGCCAGCUUGAGGAUCUCCAAACUUCCCGUAUCGUGAGGAUACUUACCGCGGACUUCCCACAUUACUUCGCUGUAGUGUCUCGCAUCAGGCAAGAAGUGCACGCAGUUGGUCCAGAGGGUGGCACAGUUUCCUCAUCGGCUGUUCCACAAGUGCAGGCCGUUUUCCCACCAGCGGCUCUUACCAAAAAGAUCAGGGUUGGCCUCCAGGCGCAUCCGAUACCGGCAGAUCUCGUAGCCAAGUUGCUUGGCAACCGAGUGGCCGUAUCACCGAUCGUAACCGUCGAACCGAGACGAAGAAAAUUCCACAAACCGAUAACUUUGACCAUACCCGUGCCACAAGCAGCCAACAAAGGCAUGAUCAACCAAUAUUCCGGAGACGCGCCGACGUUGAGAAUUCUGUGCAGCAUUACUGGAUUGAGUCAUUUAGGCGGUCAGUCACGGGCAGUCUGGGAGGAUGUCACAGGUUCGACGCCAUUGACGUUCGUGAAAGAUUGCGUAUCGUUUUCCACCACCGUGUCCGCACGCUUCUGGUUAAUGGAUUGUCGGAACAUCUCUGAAGCCACAAAAAUGGCUACGGAGCUGUACACGCACGCGACGCACGUGCCGUUCAUGGCUAAAUUCGUAGUAUUCGCGAAGCGAGUAGAUCCGUUGGAGGCGAGGCUGCGCGUAUUUUGUAUGACCGACGACAAGGAGGACAAAACGUUGGAGCAUCAGGAACAUUUCACGGAGGUCGCAAAGAGCCGCGACGUCGAGGUGUUGGAAGGCAAAACGCAGUACAUGGAAUUUUCGGGUAACCUCGUGCCGGUGUUGAAGAGCGGCGAACAGCUUCAACUGCCGUUCAGAGCGUUCAAGGAGAACCGCGUGCCGUUCACGGCGAGGGUGAAGGACCCGGACGCUGCGGACAUGAUGGGUCGUAUAAUGUUCAUGAGCGAGCCCAAAGUUCCUAAGGGUGAAUUGCCGCAAACGCCGAUUUGCACGUUGAACAUUUUACUGCCGGAGAAGAUCUCGUCGGAACCUGCAGCCUCGGAGAUGGACCUGUUAGAACUUUCGAAGAAUUACAGUUUCCUACGCGAUGGAGGAAUAAGUCGUCCAGACGCUAUUCACAGAGCGACUAUUCGGCUGACAGAUAUCGCGAACCUCCUGGACAACGACUGGGAGAAACUCGCGGAAGAGUUGAACAUACCGCCGAACGAGGUAUCGACGAUCAAAGAGGAGUAUGCUAACAAACCCGCCCAGCAAGCAGCGGCGAUGCUUAAAGUUUGGCACGGCAACGGGAACAAAGCUACCGGAAAUACUUUAGAAAAAGCGUUGAAUAAGAUUGGUCGCGAAGAUAUUGUGAAAAAGUGUAUAUUCAACGUCGAGUUGGUCACUGACGACGUUGAAAAAGCCGUCGCGAGGGUCCGGUUGGAUCAACCUGGAUUCGAUUCUUUGAAAGAAGAAUUGGGUCCGUCCAGGGACACCUCCCUGCGACGUGACGCGAAGAUGGAUCCAAAUAUGGACCCAGACUACGAUGAAUACAACAAAAGCAAGGAAACUGGAUCCAUUGAAGAUCUUAAUAUAAGCAGCACGAAACAAGAUACACCGAAACAGCAUGUCACGAUUACAAACGGCACUGUGUUCAACGGAACCUCGACCCCCAUCAAAGAUAAAUACGCGAGCGAGGAGAAAGAGCUAAGGGAUGUAAUGGCCGAUUUUCUCGAGCACAAGUGUCAGGUAGCGGACACGAUGAGCAAAAAGUCGCGCGACGAACUAGACGACAAAGACAAGAAACGGCAAAGGGUGAUCGCGGACGCCAACAAGAUCGUAUCCGGUGUAAUAGCAGACGCAGAGAAAGAGAAGGGGAAGUUAGCAAAGGAGGGGUGGUCGGUGGUUUAUGAUGAUGAUGAUGAUGCGCGGGACAAUAGAGAGGCGAGAGGUGUUGUAGUUCAAACUUUUGCUAGGGAACAGUUGACCGACAAAUUGCCUAAAGACAAGGGCGUUAAGUCCGAUACGGUAGUUAGCGAUCGAGAGCCGGUAGUCGAGCCGACGAUAGUCAAGCAGCGUUUUGUUCGCGACGGGAAGGGUGACUCGAACGUAACGAUUGUCGCGUCAAAAACGAUAGUUUCGAUGACCGAUGAUAAAGCGCAACCGGUGAUCACUCAGACGAUCACCGUGAAAGAAGUAGACUCGACGGUACCACCGCAAACGAUAACAAUUUCGAACGGUAAAGAGAGUAUAGUAAGUAAGAAGGAAAUGUUAUCUAAAGAAGGUAAGGACGUCGAUGAAAAGCUAACGAGUCCCACCAGCGCGAAGGCUAAGAAAGAAAUCGGGAAGCAAGACGUUUCACCUCAGAAAGAGGCUAAGACGAAAGAAACGAAACCAACCGACAAGCAACUAUCCGCUUACGAAAGCGUUUACAGUGUACAGUAUCCAUCCGAGGAUGAGAAACAGGAAGAUGAAUCGAAAAAGUCGAAGGACAAAAGCGGAAUACUUUCGGGUAUCUUCAAGGGAUCUAAGCUGAAGAAGAGUAAGUCGAAGGGUUCGAAGGAUAUGUCUGUCGAUAGUGGCGACGAGGAAGCAAAGGUAGCUGCGCCUGUAGAACACAGGACGCAGACAGUUCAUAUUACAUUCGAUUCGCAACCGGAUUCAAAACCGGCGGACGACAUUAAAUUAGCCACGAUGCAAUUUCUGGAUGACUCGAGACGCAUCGCCUCGACUGUACACGUACCUGAUGGCACAGUGACCACGACGCGAGUCGAGGAAUCUAAAACGAUAAGUAAAGAACCAGAUGACCGCACUGCGACAAUGGGAAGCGAUGCGAGUGACCAGGAGAAAGAGAAGGGCAGUGGUUUCUUCGGCAUAUUUAAAAGCCCCAAAUCGAAAGAGAAGAAGAUGAAAAAGGGCAAAGAGGCAUCGUUCGACAGCGGCGACGAGGAACUCCGAAUCGCCACAGAAAAAUUGUUGGACGAUACUCGAAAAGUUGCCGAGACUACGCUUGUCCCUUCUGCUCCUAAGAUCGAAGGCAAACAAGAGAUACAUACUUUCACAUCUCACGUUCGUUACGAAGAAGAUAUACCGAAAGAUAAAAUAAACGGACAUUCGUACGACAUCACGGAAAUCCAGAAGAAAUCUGAGACGGACAAGAGUAGUCCUCACAAAGAAGCCAACGGAAAGUCUGACGCUAAAAAACAGAAAGAACGGAGUCUUGAAAGACGGGCGGAUUCGCCGGACAAACGAGCGGAGAGUGAGAAGGAAGACGAGGAGAGUAAAGAAAAAGGUGGAUUCUUCAGCAUGUUUAAGAGUCCGAAAUUGAAAACCAAGAAGAGGAGUUCGUCUCGGGAGAAGAGUUCCUCGAAAGAAACCUCAUUCGACAGCGGGGACGAGGAGACGCGACACUUGACAGCGGAUUUCUUGCAAGACACGAAGAAAGUGGCAGACACUUUGCAUCAUGAGGAAGCACCAAAACAGAUUGUUGAGAAAACUGUGCCGGAGACAGUUUCUGAAGAACCUGUGGAUAAAGACAAGGGCAUUGGGAUCUUUAGCAAAUUCCGUAGUCCGAAAUUGUCCAGGGAAUCGCGAAGCAGAUCUCGGGAGAAGAGUGUACCAACACAGGAGUCGGUAAUAAGUCCGGAUAGUUCGAUACGCGAGGCCACCGUGAAAUUCUUGGAAGAUACCAGAAAUCUUGCGAGUGCGACAUUGGAAGACACCGCGAAACAAGCGGACAAAGCGACGACUGAAAUCAAGGAUACCGAUGCCGCUAAGAUGAAAAUAGACGAAGUUGAAGACAACUUAGAAGCUGCGAAGGAUAAAGCAGCGAAAGAAGCUAAGAAAGCUAAAGAGAAGACUGGCGGCUUCUUAUCUGGACUAUUCAAGAGUGCAAAACAUGCGGCGGACGAAGCAUCCGAAGAGGUAAAAGAAAUUGCCGAUGAAACAAAGAAGGAAGUCACCGAAGGCAAGGACAAAGUCGUUGCGGAAGCGAAAGAUGCGAAGGAUAAAAUAGCUGCGACGGUGAAGGAUACAAAAGACACUGUCAGUGGAAAGGUGUCUGAAGCUGGGCAGAAAAUAUCAGAUACUGGCAAAGCUGUCGGUGAGAAAGUUGUCGAUGGAGCCAAACGACUUGAAGAGAAAGUAGAUUCUGCAGCUCACGACGUAGUUGAUAGUGCAAAAGCAGCUAAAGACAAAACAGUUGUCAAAGCAACGGAUGCUAAAGAUACUGUCGUGACCGCCGCAAAAGAUACGAAGGACAAAGUUAAAGAAAAAGUGAGUGAAGGUGCCCAAAAGGUAGCGGACACUGGUAAAGCAGUUACCGAGAAAGUGGUUGAAGGUGUGAAGGUUGCUGAAGCGAAAACUAAAGAAACUGCACAAGAAGUAGCUGACAGUGCGAAAACAGCAAAGGAUAAGGUUGCUAAAGAGAUUAAGGAAGACACUGAGGCAGCGAAACAAAAAAUAUCGUCUGGAGUAGAUACCGUGGUAGAUGGUACAGCAGCAGCGAAAGAUAAAGCUGCGAAGGAAGCCAAGAAGGCGAAGGAAAAGACGGGUGGUUUCCUUUCGGGACUCUUCAAGAGCGCAAAACACGCUGCUGAAGAAGUUUCCGAUGAUGUUAAAGAGUUCGUCGAUGACACCAAAAAGGAAGCAGCUGAAGAGGAAACACGAGCUCGUGAAACUGCAGCAGCGAAAUUGAAGGACGUCGAAGCAGCGAAAGAUAAGGCAGUCGCAGAAGCAAAAGAUGCCAAGGAUAAAGUAGUGGCCGCGGCGAAGGAUACUAAAGAUAAGAUCAGCGAGAAAACGUCCGAAAAUAUACAGAAAGUAUCCGAUACUGGCAAAGCAGUUGGCGAGAAAGUGCUAGAUACCGCAGAGAAAGCUAAGGACAAAACAGAAGCAACAGCUCGUGAAGUAGCUGACAGCGUAAAGUCCGCAAAAGAUAAGGCAGCUAAGGAAAUUAAGGACGAUGCUGAGGCUGUAAAACAAAAAGUUUCAGCCGGAGCUGCAACUGUGGCGGAUAGCGCAGCUGCGGCGAAGGAUAAAGCCGAGAAAGAAGCUAAAAAAGCAAAGGAGAAGACCGGUGGUUUCUUGACUGGACUGUUCAAGGGAGCCAAGCAUGCCGCUGAUGAUGUUUCUGACGAAGUUAAAGACUUCCUGGACGAGACCAAGAAGGAAGCAGCGGAGGAAGAAGCUCGAGCUCGCGAGGCUGCAGCAGCGAAAUUGAAGGAUGUCGAAGCAGCGAAGGACAAAGCAGUCGCAGAAGCAAAGGACGCGAAGGACAAAGUAACAACUGCAGUGAAGGAUACCAAAGAUGCGGUUAGCGGAAAAGUGUCUGAAGCCGCACAGAAGGUAUCGGAUGCUGGGAAAACUGUUGGUGAGAAAGUAGCCGAUGGUGCGAAGAAAAUUGAGGAAAAGGCAGACGCUGCUGCUCACGACGUGGCCGAUAGUGUAAAGACAGCGAAAGACAAAGCAGCCGAGAAAGCAAAAGAUGCGAAAGAUUCCGUUGUGACAGCUGCUAAAGAUACCAAGGAUAAGAUCAGUGAGAAAGUCGUUGAGGGUGCGCAAAAAGUGAGCGACACCGGAAAAGCAGUUACUGACAAAGUUGCCGAAGGUGUUAAGGGUGCCGAAACGAAAACUAAGGAAGUUGCGCACGAUAUAGCUGACACCGCUAAAUCAGCGAAGGAUAAAGUGGCUAAAGAAAUUAAAGAAGACGCUGAAGCAGUAAAACACAAAGUGGAGUCUGGUAUUGACACAGUAACAGAUAGCGCGGCUGCAGCGAAGGACAAGGCAGCGAAGGAAGCUAAGAAGGCUAAAGAGAAGACCGGGGGUUUUCUGUCAGGAUUAUUCAAAAGUGCAAAACACGCAGCGGACGAAGUUUCUGAAGAUGUUAAAGAAUUUGUUGACGAAACGAAGAAGGACGCUGCUGAAGAAGAAGCUAAAGCGCGUGAGGCUGUAGCAAGGAAGCUGAAAGAUAUUGAUGCAGCAAAGGAUAAAGCAGCUGCUGACAUGAAAGAUGCCAAGGACAAAACUGUCGGUGCUGUAAAAGAUACAAAGGAUAAAAUCGUGGAAAAGGCGUCUGAUACUAUUGAUAAAGUACAAGAUGCUGGUAAAGCUACAUCCGAAAAGAUUACUCAAGAAGCUAAAGAAAUUGGUAAAGGCGUUGAUGCCACUGUCCAACAUAUAACCGAUAGCGCGAAGGCAGCGCAAGAUAAAGCUGCAGGAGAUCUAAAAGACGUUAAAGAUAAAACUGUAUCUGCCGUAAAAGACACUAAAGACAAAAUCAGCGAGAAAAUAUCUGAAGGCGCGCAGAAAGUAUCCGACACUGGGAAAGCGGUUGGUGAAAAAGUCGCAGACACCGCGGAGAAAGCUAAAGACAAAACAGAAGCAGCUGCUCGUGAAAUAACUGACAGUGCAAAGACUGCAAAGGAUAAAGCAGCCAAGGAAAUUAAAGAGGACGCUGAGGCAGUAAAACAAAAAGUUUCCUCGGGUGCAGCUGCAGUUGUCGAUGGCGCGGCUUCAGCGAAGGACAAAGCGGCGAAGGAAGCUAAAAAAGCUAAAGAGAAGACCGGUGGUUUUCUAUCAGGAUUAUUCAAAGGCGCUAAACACAGUGCCGAUGAAGCGUCGGCUGACCUUAGUGACUUCCUUGACGAAGCAAAAAGGGAAUCGUCUGUGGAGAAAGACCGUCUACGUGAUGCUGCUGAACAGAAGUUAAUGGACAUCCAAGCUGCAAAGGAUGAAGCUGUUCUGGCGGCCAAAGAUACAAAGUCUAAGGUUGCGACUGCUGUCAAGGACACCAAGGACACUAUCUCCACCGGAGUGUCCGAUGCUACACAGAAGGUGUCUGAUACUGGCAAAGCUGUUGGCGAGAAGAUUGCUGACGGGGCAAAACAUGUUGGAGAGAAAACAGAAGCCGCUGUAAAAGGAGCAGUCGAGGAUACAAAGGCAGCAAAGGAUAAAGCAGCUGCAGAUUUAAAAGGCGUUAAAGAUAAAACUGUAUCUGCCGUAAAAGACACCAAAGACAAAAUCAGCGAGAAAGUAUCUGAAGGCGCGCAGAAAGUAUCCGACACUGGGAAAGCGGUUGGUGAAAAAGUCGCAGACACCGCGGAGAAAGCUAAAGACAAAACAGAAGCAGCUGCUCGUGAAAUAACUGACAGUGCAAAGACUGCAAAGGAUAAAGCAGCCAAGGAAAUUAAAGAGGACGCUGAGGCAGUAAAACAAAAAGUUUCCUCGGGUGCAGCUGCAGUUGUCGAUGGCGCGGCUUCAGCGAAGGACAAAGCGGCGAAGGAAGCUAAAAAAGCUAAAGAGAAGACCGGUGGUUUUCUAUCAGGAUUAUUCAAAGGCGCUAAACACAGUGCCGAUGAAGCGUCGGCUGACCUUAGUGACUUCCUUGACGAAGCAAAAAGGGAAUCGUCUGUGGAGAAAGACCGUCUACGUGAUGCUGCUGAACAGAAGUUAAUGGACAUCCAAGCUGCAAAGGAUGAAGCUGUUCUGGCGGCCAAAGAUACAAAGUCUAAGGUUGUGACUGCUGUCAAGGACACCAAGGACACUAUCUCCACCGGAGUGUCCGAUGCUACACAGAAGGUGUCUGAUACUGGCAAAGCUGUUGGCGAGAAGAUUGCUGACGGGGCGAAACAUGUUGGAGAGAAAACAGAAGCCGCUGUAAAAGGAGCAGUCGAGGAUACAAAGGCAGCGAAAGAUAAAACGGUGGCAGAUCUAAAAGAUGCUGCUGAUAAAGUCACAACUGCCGCGAAAGACACGAAGGAUAAGGUCAGCGAAAAAGUGGGCGAAGGUGCACAAAAGGUAGCCGAUGCUGGUAAAGCAGUCGGUGAUAAAGUGGUUGAAGGAGCGAAAGAUGCUGAAGCUAAAGUUGAAGCAACUGCACAAGGGGUGGCAGAUGGUGUAAAGGCAGUGAAAGACAAAGUAGUGAAAGAAGUUAAAGAAGACACUGACGCGGUGAAGCAGAAGGUUUCUUCAGGUAUAGACGCAGCAGCAGAUAGUGCAACAGCAGCAAAAGAUAAAGCUGCGAAGGAAGCUAAAAAGGCGAAGGAAAAAACCGGUGGUUUCCUCUCGGGACUUUUCAAGAGCGCAAAACACGCUGCUGAAGAGGUUUCCGAUGAUGUUAAAGAGUUCGUCGAUGACACCAAAAGGGAUGCAGCUAUAGAGGAAGCUCGUGCUCGUGAAGCAGUGGCUGAGACGUUAAAAGAUGUUGACGCAGUAAAAGAUAAAGCAGUGGCUGGUGUAAAAGAUGCAAAAGACAAAACUGUGGGGGCUGUAAAAGACACGAAGGAUAAAAUCAGCGAGAAAGUCACAGAUGGAAUUAAGCAAGUAGAUAAAAAAAUAGAUUCCGCUGCAAAAGGCACAGCCGAGGCUUUGAAAUCAACGAAAGACAAGGUAGUUACUGAUGUCUCUGAUACCAAGGAUAAAGUCGCAACUGCUGCGAAAGAGACGAAAGACAAAGUCACCGAGAAAGUAGCCGAAGGCGCAAAGAAGGUGUCGGAUGCAGGCACCGUUGCAGGAGAAAAAUUAGCGGAUGGCGUAAAGAAAGCUGAGGAGAAAGCUGGUGAAGCUGCACACGAAGUAGCAACUGGCGUGAAAACGACGAAGGAUAAACUGGUGAAAGAGAUUGAAGAAAAUGCCGAGAGCGCUAAACAGAAAGUAUCAUCAGGCAUAAACACCGUUGCGGAUAGCGCGUCUGCAGCAAAGGACAAAACCGCGAAAGAAGCUAAAAAAGCUAAAGAGAAGACCGGAGGCUUCCUGUCUGGAUUAUUCAAAGGAGCGAAACACGCAGCUGAUGAGGUCUCCGACGACGUUAAAGAUUUUCUGGACGAAACGAGGAAGGAAGCUUCCGAAGAGAAAGCUCGCGCGCUGGAAGCAAAGGACAAGGCGGUCGCUGACGUAAAGGAGACGAAAGAUAAAGUCGUAACUUCUGUGAAACACACAAAAGACAAAGUGGAGACGAAGAUCACUGACGGUCUGCAGAAGGUAUCCGACGCUGGCAAAACUGUUGGCGAGAAGGUAGCUGAUGGUGUAAAACAGACUGGAGAAAAAGUGGAAGCGACAACUAAAGAAGUGACUGAUGGGGCGAAAGCAGCGAAAGAUAAAGUGGUUGAGGACGUGAAGGAUGCGAAGGAUAGAACUGCAGCGGCUGUAAAAGAUGCGAAGGACAAAACUGCCGAAGCUAUAAAGGAUACCAAGGAUAAGAUCAGCGAGAAAACUGCCGAGGGAGCACAGAAAGUAACGGACACUGGUAAAAAAGUAGAAGAGAAAAUUGUCAGCGGUGCGAAAGCGGUUGACGAUAAAGCAAAGGAAUUGGCUCGCGAUGUAAGCGAAGGUGCGAAGGCAGCGAAAGACACAGUCAAGAAAGAAGUCAAAGAAGACGCAGCUGCGGUGAAGCAGAAGAUUUCUUCAGGCGUUGAUGCAGUUGUUGAUGGAACGGAGGCAACGAAAGAUAAAGCUGCGAAGGAAGCUAAAAAGGUUAAAGAAAAAACUGGUGGAUUCCUCUCGGGCCUGUUCAAAGGCGCGAAACACGCAGCCGAAGAGGUCUCAGAAGAGGUGAAAGAAUUCGUAGACGAAACGAAGAAGGAAGCUACUGAGGAGGAAGCACGAGCCCGCGAGGCAGUGGACAAAGCCACGAAAGAUAUUGACAAGGCAAAAGACAAGGCAGCUACGGAUUUAAAAGAUGCAAAGGAUAAAGUCACAACGGCUGUAAAAGAUAGUAAAGACAAAGUUAGCGAGAAAGUAUCUGAUGGUAUUAAAACGGUAACUGAUACUGGGAAAGCUGUCGGUGAUAAAGUAAAGGACGGUGUCAAACAAGCAGAAGACAAAACAAAAGCUGCUGUCGAGAAAGUUGCCCAUGGUGUCAAAACAACGAAGGAUACCUUGGUUGCGGAUGCGAAGGAUGCUAAAGACACAGUCGUAACCGCUGCAGUAGAUACGAAGGACAAGAUUGGUGAGAAAGUGUCCGAAGGUGCGCAGAAAAUUAGCGACACUGGGAAAGCAGUUGGCGAUAAAGUAGCUGAAGGUGUGAAAGAAGCUGAGGCAAAGACCAAGGAAGUUGCGCACGACGUGGCCGAUACAGCUAAAGCAGCAAAGGAUAAAGUAGCUGAAGGUGUGAGAAGUGCUGAAGCGAAGACCGAGGAAGUUGCGCAUGGCGUAGCCGAUACAGCUAAAGCAGCGAAGGAUAAAGUAGCUGAAGGUGUGAGAGGUGCUGAAGCGAAAACCAAGGAAGUUGCGCACGACGUGGCCGAUACAGCUAAAGCAGCGAAGGAUAAGGUAGCUGAAGGUGUGAAAGGCGCUGAAGCGAAAACCAAGGAAGUUGCGCACGGCGUGGCCGAUACAGCUAAAGCAGCGAAGGAUAAAGUAGCUGAAGGUGUGAGAAGUGCUGAAGCGAAGACCGAGGAAGUUGCGCAUGGCGUAGCCGAUACAGCUAAAGCAGCGAAGGAUAAAGUAGCUGAAGGUGUGAGAGGUGCUGAAGCGAAAACCAAGGAAGUUGCGCACGACGUGGCCGAUACAGCUAAAGCAGCGAAGGAUAAGGUAGCUGAAGGUGUGAAAGGCGCUGAAGCGAAAACCAAGGAAGUUGCGCACGGCGUGGCCGAUACAGCUAAAGCAGCGAAGGAUAAAGUAGCUAAAGAAAUCAAAGAAGAUACUGAAGCAGUAAAACAUAAGAUCGCAUCUGGAAUAGAUACAGUAGCAGACAGUGCAACUGCAACUAAGGACAAGGCUGCGAAGGAAGCUAAGAAAGCCAAAGAGAAGACCGGUGGAUUCCUUUCCGGUUUAUUCAAAGGCGCGAAACACGCUGCGGAGGAAGUAACAGACGAUGUCAAGGACUUCCUUGAGGAAACUAAGAAAGAAGCUUCAGAUGAGAAAGCUCGUUUGCAAGAUGCGGUUGAAGAUGCAAAAGACAAGGCGGCUACUGGUGUGAAAGAUACGAAGGAUACGGUAAAAGACGCUGCAAGUAAAGUCACAGCCAAAGUCUCGGAUGUUACGCAAAAAGUAUCAGACGCUGGAAAAGCCGCUGGUGAGAAAGUAACCGAGGAAGUAAAGCAUGCAACUGAGAAAACAGAUACCAAAAUUCAAGAACUGGCUGACGAUGCGAAAGCAGCAAAGGACAAAGCGUCUGCUAAAAUCAAAGACGCUGGAGGGAAAGUAACGACGGCUGCCAAAGACACGAUGGAUACUGUCACCGAUAAAGUAGCCGGUGGUAAAGAAAAAUUAUCAGAGGCUGCGAAGGACGUAGGAGAGAAAGUGGCGGAUGGUGUCAAGAUAGCGGAAGCGAAAACUGAAGCGACUGUAAAAGAAGUGGCAGACGGUGCGAAAGCAGUGAAAGAUAAAGUAGCGAAGGAAGUUAAAGAAGACGCUUACACGGUGAAACAGAAAGUUUCUUCAGGUAUGGACACAGCUGCGGAUAGUGCAGCAGCGGCGAAAGACAAGGCUGCGAAAGAAGCCAAGAAGGCGAAGGAAAAGACGGGUGGUUUCCUUUCGGGACUGUUCAAGAGCGCAAAACACGCUGCUGAAGAAGUUUCCGAGGAUGUUAAAGAGUUUGUUGACGACACUAAAAAGGAAGCAGUUGAAGAGGAAGCUCGUGCUCGUGAAGCUGUGGCAGGAAAAUUGAAGGAUGUCGAAGCAGCGAAAGAAAGAGCUGCAGCAGACGUUAAGGAUUCAAAGGACAAAGUUGUAGGUGUUGUCGUAGACGCUAAAGAUAAAGUCAGCGACAAAGUAUCUGGUGCUGUGCAAAAGGUAUCGGAUGCUGGAAAAGCUGUUGGUGAGAAAGUUGCCGAUGGGGCGAAGAAAAUUGAAGAAAGGGCAGACGCUGCUGCUCAUGGUAUGGCCGACAGCGUAAAGGCAGCGAAAGACAAAACAGUCGAGAAAGCGAAAGAUGCUAAAGACGCAGUCGUUGGCAAAGCAUCUGAUACCGUUGAAAAAGUACAAGAUGCUGGUAAAGCUGCGACUGGAAAGGUAGCAGAAGGAAUUACAGAAGUCGGCAAGACCAUCGAUGCUACUGCUGAACAAAUAGCUGAUAGCGCGAAGGCAGCAAAAGACAAAGCUGCAAUGGAUGUAAAAGAUGUUAAAGACAAAACUGUAUCUGCCGUAAAAGACACCAAAGAUAAGAUCAGCGAGAAAGUAUCUGAAGGCGCGCAGAAAGUAUCUGAUACUGGCAAAGCAGUUGGCGAGAAAGUAGCAGAUACCGCAGAGAAAGCUAAAGACAAAACAGAAGCAACAGCUCGUGAAGUAGCUGACAGCGUAAAGUCCGCAAAAGAUAAGGCAGCUAAGGAAAUUAAGGACGAUGCUGAGGCUGUAAAACAAAAAGUUUCAGCCGGAGCUGCAACUGUGGCGGAUAGCGCAGCUGCGGCGAAGGAUAAAGCCGAGAAAGAAGCUAAAAAAGCAAAGGAGAAGACCGGUGGUUUCUUGACUGGACUGUUCAAGGGAGCCAAGCAUGCCGCUGAUGAUGUUUCUGACGAGGUUAAAGACUUCCUGGACGAGACCAAGAGGGAAGCAGCGGAGGAAGAAGCUCGAGCUCGCGAGGCUGCAGCAGCGAAAUUGAAGGAUGUCGAAGCAGCGAAGGACAAAGCAGUCGCAGAAGCAAAGGACGCGAAGGACAAAGUAACAACUGCAGUGAAGGAUACUAAAGAUGCGGUUAGUGGAAAAGUGUCUGAAGCCGCACAGAAGGUAUCGGAUGCUGGGAAAACUGUUGGUGAGAAAGUAGCCGAUGGUGCGAAGAAAAUUGAGGAAAAGGCAGACGCUGCUGCUCACGACGUGGCCGAUAGUGUAAAGACAGCGAAAGACAAAGCAGCCGAGAAAGCAAAAGAUGCGAAAGAUUCCGUUGUGACAGCUGCUAAAGAUACCAAGGAUAAGAUCAGUGAGAAAGUCGUUGAGGGUGCGCAAAAAGUGAGCGACACCGGAAAAGCAGUUACUGACAAAGUUGCCGAAGGUGUUAAGGGUGCCGAAACGAAAACUAAGGAAGUUGCGCACGAUAUAGCUGACACCGCUAAAUCAGCGAAGGAUAAAGUGGCUAAAGAAAUUAAAGAAGACGCUGAAGCAGUAAAACACAAAGUGGAGUCUGGUAUUGACACAGUAACAGAUAGCGCGGCUGCAGCGAAGGACAAGGCAGCGAAGGAAGCUAAGAAGGCUAAAGAGAAGACCGGAGGUUUCUUUUCUGGAUUAUUGAAAAGCGCGAAACACGCGGCGGACGAAGUAUCUGAAGAUGUUAAAGAUUUUGUUGACGAAACGAAAAAGGAAGCUGCUGAAGAAGAAUCUCGUAUACGGGAAUCUCUCUCAGAAAAAGCGAAGGACAUUGAAGCGGCGAAGGAUAAAGCAUCCGCAGAUAUAAAGGACAAGACAGAUAAAGUAAAAGCCACCGCGAAGGAUGUUAAAGACUCAGUUACCGAUAAAGUAUCGCAGGUAACGCAAAAGGUCUCUGACGCAGGUAAUAUUGUCAGCGAUAAAGUCGUCGACGGUGUGAAAGGUGUCGAAGCUAAAACCGAAUCAGCUGCACGAGAUUUAGCGGAAGGAGCCAAAGCCGCGAAGGAUAAAGUGGUCGCGGAUGUGAAGGGUGUUAAAGAUUCUGUCACAUCUGGUACCAAAGAUGCCAAGGAAGCUGUCAGUGAAAAAAUUUCCGAUAGUGUGCAGAAGAUAUCAGAUACCGAGAAAGCUAUAAGCACUAAAAUUACGGAAGGAGUAAAAGGUACAAGUGCAAAAGUAGAAAGUGUUGCGAAAGAUGUCGCAGAUGGGGCGAAAUCGGCGAAGGAUAAAAUCUCGGAAGAUUUGAAACAUGACGCUGACGUUGUGAAGGAUACAGUUUCUUCUGGAAUCCACGCAGUCGCCGACGGUGCUGCAGCGGCUAAAGACAAGGCUGCUAAGGAAACCAAAAAAGCAAAAGAGAAGACCGGAGGUUUCCUGUCAGGACUGAUCAAAGGUGUCAAGCACACAGCGGACGACGUUUCUGAUGAUGUAAAGGAAUUCCUUGACGAAACUAAGAAAGAAGCUGCUGAAGAACAGGCACGUGCUCGCGAAGCGAUCUCUGAAAAAGCGAAAGAAAUCGACGCUACAAAACAGAAAGCUAUUGACGACGUCGAAGCCGCUAAAGACAGGACUGCAGCUGGUAUGAAGGAUGCCAAGGAUAAAAUCAGUGGGAAGAUAACUAGCACUGUGCAAUCAGUGUCAGACGCUGGCAAAUCCGUUGGUGAGAAUGUUGUUAACGGCGCGAAAACUGCAGAGGCGAAAACCGAGGCUGCUGUUAAGGAAGUUGUUAAAGACGCUAAAGCAACCAAGAUGAAAGUAGCGAAAGACACUAAGGAUGUUGGUGGGAAAGUUGCAACCGCGGCGAAGGAUACGAAAGACAAGAUCACUGAAAAGUUAUCUGGAACUGCUCAUGCGAUAUCGGAUGCAGGCAAAACUGUCGGCACUAAAAUUGCGGAAGGUGCGAAGAAAACGGAAGCGAAAGUGGAAACCGCUGCUAAAGACGUGGCUGAUGGUGCAAAAUCAGCAAAAGAUAAAGUGGCCACGGAAGUUGAGGAAGACGCUGCCGCUGCGAAACAGAAAAUAGUUGAUGGUACGAAAUCGGUGAAGGACAAAGUUGCGAAGGAAGGUAAAAAAGCGAAGGAGAAAGGCGGCGGCUUCCUCUCAGGUUUGAUUAAGAGUGCGAAGCACGCAGCUGAAGAAGUUUCUGAAGACGUUAAAGAAUUCGUCGACGAGACGAAGAAGGAAGCUGUCGAAGAAGAAGCUCGUGUUCGCGAAGCGGUUUCUGAAAAAUUAAAAGACGUCGACGUUGCUGCGGAUGAAGUUGCAGCAGAUGCAAAAAAAGCCAAGGAUAAAGUUAAGAGCGAUGUUAAAGGUGUUAAGGAUAAAGUGAGCGGGGGAGUGACGCAAGUUGAGAAAAAACUAGAUUCUGCUGCGAAAGACACGGCUAUGGCUUUGAAAUCAGCGAAAGACAAGGCGGUUGCUGAUGCUUCCGAUGCCAAGGAUAAAAUUGCAACUACUAUGAAAGAUACAGAACACAAAGUCACGGAGAAAGUAACUGAAGGUGUUCAGAGAAUAUCAGGCACCGGCAAAGCUGUUGACCAGAAGGUGUCUGACAGUAUGAAACAGACAAAAGAAUUCAUCGGAAGCGUCCCUCAGGGAGUAGUCACUGUCACACACAAAGUUGUAGAUAGUGGAAAGUCUCCCGGAGACAAAUUGCAGAGUCCAAUAGUCAGCAGCGACUCGCGGAGUGCUAUGACUGCAUUCUUGGAUGAAAUGAGACGCGAUGCUAGGUGGGACAAAGCGUAUCAAGAACAACCCGACGAACACACAUACGAGAAUGUUGAUAGUUCCAUGUUCGUUCGCGAAAAGAGUAAACCUGAAUCUAAGGGAAUAUCGAUAUCAAGUCCACAGGUCACAAAAGAUGUAAUGUCGACGACGAAAACGGUCAAGACUUCGUUUACCGAGACUUACGAGCCGUUAAUUUCUUUUACGGAUUCCGCGUCGCCGACCAGGUCGGAUGAAUCGAAAUCGUCGAAAGUAUCUCGCAUUCCACAAAAAGUUAGUUCCUCCUUCGAGCGAAGAAGUAGCCCUAGCAGCUGCUCGUCGGACGAUAGUACUAGUACAGUUAGGGUAGUUAACGUUGUUAAAGAAGUAGAGCACCUCGAACCUCGCAUACGACAGACCGUCACCACAGUCGUAACAAAAAAGUCUGUGCGGACGGCGACGACCCCACCACCCAGUCCCGCCGAGUACACUGACAGUAGAAUCGAAGAAGACGUUACCGAAGAAGCAGCGAGACGAGCGCAGACUUUAGCCGACCAAGCACACUCGAUGGCCAAAUCAGGGCAUGAUUCGGCUGAGAUUGAUGGGACUGUAGAGAGGCAUGCUACUUCUGCUCCAUCAAAGCAACCUGUUCCCGCCCCGCGACACUCUACUACCAGGUCGUCCAUCAAAACAGACUUUCAUCUAGACCUCGGUGAUACCUCGUGCACCCCGUACAGUCCCAAACAAAAGAGCAAAGAUUCGUCCAAGCAGAUUCAGGAACAGCACUCGCCGGACAAGACUACCAGCCCAAAGAGUAAGAUACCAAUCAAGCUAAAGAAAUCGAUGCAGAACGAAAAAAUGAGCAAAAUGUUGACGAGCACCGAGCCUAGUAUAACUGAAAUGCUAGAUAGCGACCAGCCGGUAGACACCGAUCGUUCAAAACCCGCUGAUGAAAAGAUGCUCAAAGAAACACAAAAGGAAAUGCAAGAAGAAAUUAAGGAGAAGAGUGACUCGGUAGAGCCCGAAGUAGAAAGCAAAUUAGACGUACGCGAUUCUGAGAAGCCUGAGAGAUCGAGCGGUACCAUAGCGAGAAUCGAAACUGUAGUAACGAAGGAAGGUACGGAGAAACCGAGUAAAAGCGACGAGACGACUCGCACGAUGAUAUCCAAAGUUCAGAAAACCGUGACAGGAGAGGUCGUAUCGAAAGAGACCGUCGUGAAGACGAUGACAACCGUCCGUUCUUUCAUGACGGAAUCCGGCAUGACGCAAACCAGUCGGUUCACGCGAAUACCAAUGUCUACUGGUGAUUACGGGGACAUACCUAUACCGGUUGUAAAGAGUCGCGACGCGCCGCCGAUCGGUGUCGGACAGGCGUCGAUGAAGGCGGCAAAGAGCGAGAUGUCGGAGCCGUGGAUCCACGGCAGCGUGCCCGAGGAUAAGGCAGAGCAAUGGGAGAGCCAGACGGUCUCCCAAGAUACGUCGCCCGGUUCCGGAAACGACGUGUACACGAAAAACGGUAGCUCGCGUCACGAUUUGAACAGCGACACCGAUAGUGACGGUUCGCCACGAUCGAGGAGGAGGUCCCCGAGCAAGAGGUGUACGCUGGGCAGUUCCAGCGGGUCUGAUGUAGCACUGCACGAAGGUGCGGAGCUGUCCCCGUUGGAGGACGACCAAGGUACCGCACUCACAGCUAACCUUCUAAUGACAGAAACAGAGAGUUCGGUAAAGUCAAUUUGCUCGGGCACACAACGAAGUACGGUUGAGGGAACGCCCAGGACGAAGACUUCCGGUAGAAUGGGCUGCGCGUGUUGGAUGAGCGUAGCAGCCGCUACAUUGGUCCUCAUACUAGCAAUUAUUAUUGCCUUGGAGCCACGAACAUUCCAACGUGCCAUCUACACCCUCUCUAACAAUGUCCCGAGGCAAGCUGGAAUCUGACUUUUUGCAACUUAGCGAGCCAUCCUACAUGGAAACGACAACGACGGAAGAAGACCCUGAAACGCAUGAAAG